AUGCCAAAAGUUACAACCAUUGAUUUGACUUUAGACGAUUCAGAAGUUGAAGAUUAUGACGCCCUUGGAGAACUGCCGAAUGACAAUUUGACGACUAGUACUCAGAAUAAUAAUCACAACAGUAGUUCUGAUGAUGAUCCUUCAGAUAAUAAUGAUCCUGACGUCGAUAGAAACUCAAGAAUAAUAAAAACUAUCAAACCUCCAAGAUUUACAUCCGGUAACGAUUCUACGGCAGAGGAAAGCUUUGAAGAUCAACCGUUGUCAUUCAGUCGCAGUCCUGAGCUAGAUAGGGAAACAAUGAAAAAGGAAAGAAUGAAACGAUUCUUUUCGAACAGGGAACAUGAUAAAGUAAUUAAAGAGUCGCCGCGCUCACCACUAAAUCGCGUUAGUGAUCAAAUUAAGGAAAGGUCUCGAACACCACCCCAUAUAGAAAAUUGGAGUCUUGGAACGAUGCGCCUAAAAGGCUUAAAUGACGAUAUGAAUUUACGAAAGCGAACGAAUUUUGGUGUUGCAACACCCACCUCUAUUAAUGAUACUACCUCUGACUCUAGUGACUCACCUCAUAUGUAUAACUCGGAUAGCUCGGAUCGGAAAAGGACCAAACUCAUGAAAACGAAUGACAUUAAAAUUGAUCAGGAUGCGGAUAUAAUUAUACUUUCUGAUGAUGAUGAUGAUGAGGGACAUGAUAGAAGGGAGAUGAAGAACGAGAAUGAUUCUCAUGAUACAAAGCAAGAACAGAAUAGUGAUGUUGUUCCUCUUUUAGAUUUGGUCAAAAACGGUGACACAGAAGUGAUUGAAGGUUAUCAUACGAAACCUGAAUUAUCUCUAGAAGAGCUCCAGCAUAAUUAUAAGAUGCUCGCAAGGCACUACCAUAAAAAGGAGGCAGAGAUCAAGAAUACAGUCGGAAAUCUACAGAACACUCAGAUAAUAUUGCAGAGAAAAUUAGGAAUAAGGCAAAAAAAGCUGAACGAUGCUGAGAAAAGAUGGAAGUUACUUUUGCGAUCAGCUAGUAGACAAGAUGGAGCCAGUAAUGCACAACAGAUGUUAAUUAAUGAAGCGAUCAACGUUGUCAAUAAGCUGAAGGUAGAUAGAGAUUCAACACAAAUGAAAUUGGACAAUGUUGUUCAGAAAUUGGAUGAUACGAAUAAUAAAUGGAGUUCUCUACAAAAGCAUAGAGUUGAGCAAUUAGAAAAAGCAAAAACAGAAAUUCAGAUGAAAACCAGAGAUAAGAGUAAUGAGAAAUAUAUUGAAGAAAGGAAAAAAUUCUAUGUUGAAAGGGAAAUAUUAAAUGAGAUGUUUGAGAAGGGGUCAUUGUCUAAGGACAUGCAUACUCAGCUACUACGAGAGCUGGAGCAAAAGAUAAAUAGCUUGAGCGUUGAGCAAUUCGAUGAUACAAAUGACACCUCUAAUAGUAACCUAAAGUCAGUUCCAACUGACCUUUUCAAGAAGUCUAUUGAUACAGCUAGAGAACUGUUGUUGAAAAAUACGACCAGAUCCGUUAUAACAAAAAACCAAUUGAAUCAGUAUUUAAACACCGUUUUGAUAUACAAACAGAAUUUUGAAUCAGGCAAAUAUUGUGAUAGACCGAUGCGAAGAGCAUGUGCUGACGCAACACAAGCUCUGUUCCAUAACGGAGUUAAAAUGCCACUAGUUUUUGAAAGGCUUCAAGAUUACGGUAUAAAAUACACAGUGCCUAAUAUAAUUAACCCCGAUAGGAGAGUUCAGUAUUUUAAGAGUAUCGAAGUAGCCAUGGAUUUGAUUCAGAAAUCUGACCGUAGUAUGGAUGUUAAAUGGCGAUUAUUAGAAAUGUUAAAACAGUUAGAACGGUUCAGAAUAGAUAUAGAUGAAGGGAAGCCACCUACAACAUCUGAUAAAGAGAAUAUUGGUCGGAAUGUUAUCCAGUUAAAACAACAGGGUCUGAAAAUGGAGAAACUGUAUGAAAAUCUAAAGAUUUAUGGUGUUCCAAUAACAGAAAGUGAAUUAAUGAAUAUGAAUGCCAUUGGUGAAAACGGAAUGCAAAACUAUAUGGGAACAGAUGGGAGUCUUUAUGAAAACUCUUAUAAUAAUAUGCAAUCAAUAUCAAACAUACAUUCAGGUCAAGAUCAGGAACAGAUUAGAGCUCUAUUAGAAAAUUUAAAGGAAACAGAAGAUGAAAUUGAAGGUGAAGCUCUCACACCCGAAGGGAUGACUGUUAAUUUAUUAAGACAUCAAAGAUUAGGUUUGCAAUGGUUAUUGAAUGCCGAAACCUCAAAAAGGAAAGGUGGUCUAUUAGCAGAUGAUAUGGGUUUAGGUAAAACUGUUCAGGCGAUAGCAUUAAUGCUUGCAAAUAGAUCUAGUAAUGAGAGCAAAAAAACAAAUUUGAUUGUUGCACCAGUGUCAGUUUUGAGAGUCUGGAAAGGUGAGAUAGAAACCAAGAUUAAGGAAUCAAGUGAUUUUAACUCAGCUAUUUAUGGUGGUGUUAACGGUAUUAAGUUUCGUUCAUGGGACAAGCUUUCAAACUUUGAUGUCAUAUUGGUAUCUUAUCAAACUUUGGCAAAUGAGCUCAAAAAGCAUUGGCCUGAAAGACUGAAGACCGAUAGCAAGCAACUGCCGCCUGUUCCUGAUAUAAAAGCUAUGAACUCUCUGAAAACUAAAAAUGAGUAUUGGUCACCGUUUUACUCGGACGAUUCCACUUUCUACAGGAUUAUUUUGGAUGAAGGCCAAAAUAUUAAAAACAUGAAGACACAGGCCGCUAAAGCAUGCUGUACUGUUAAUAGUGUUUACAGAUGGAUUCUAUCUGGUACACCUAUACAAAACAAUAUGGAAGAGUUGUAUUCCUUGAUCCGCUUUCUAAGAAUUCCACCAUAUAAUAGACAUGAGAGAUUUCAACAAGAUAUCGGUAGACCAUUUUCUAACUUAAAACAGAACUAUGACAGUGAAAGUCGAAAGCAAGCAAUUAAGAAAGUUAGAGUUUUAUUGCGGGCAAUAAUGUUGAGGAGGUCAAAAACUGACAAGAUUGACGGUGUUCCUAUUUUGGAACUUCCUCCAAAAAAUGUUAAUGCACAGGAGACUACUUUUAAGGAUGACGAACUUGAAUUUUACAAAGCGCUCGAACAUAAAAAUAAGCAACUUGCCAAAAAAUUACUGGAAUCAAAAGUUCAAGGUAACUAUUCUAGUGUGCUGACAUUGUUGUUGAGGUUGAGGCAAGCCUGCUGUCAUCCUGAAUUGGUAAUCCUUGGUGAAAAGAAGGCAGAAGCGGCAACAGUUGUGAAUGGUAAAAAUUUCAAUAAUGACUGGUUGAGAUUAUACUAUGUGAUUAAAAAAAUGAAAUCAGAGGCAGUAGAAAUUGUCAAAUCAGCAAGUGACUCAAUGACAUGUUUGUGGUGUCUUGAACAGAUUGAGCCUGAGUCAGCUUUUGUGUUAAGUGGUUGCGGCCAUUUGAUUUGUAAUGAUUGCAUUAACCCAUUCUCUGAGGAUGCAGCGGGUUCUUCGAAUGCUAGAAGCGGUCCAAAAGGAAGUACAUACCUACCCUGUAAGGAGUGUCAAAAGGUAACUAACGAUAAGGAUUUUGUUUCUCUGAAACUUUUCAACCAAGUGAUUCUAGAAGGAUUUACAAGAGAAAAAUUAUAUGAGGAGUUUAACCUAGAAAUGGACAAGCAAAAGGAUAGAAAAAAGAAUGCCUACACUACUGAUUAUAAUACAUUGGAGCCUUCUACAAAGAUGAAUCAAUGUAUGGAUGUAAUUAAUAAGGUAUUUGAAAAAUCUGACUCAGAGAAGAUUAUCAUUUUUUCUCAGUUUACUACAUUCUUAGAUCUAUUGGAACACAUACUUGCGACUAGGUUGAAGAUUUCAUGCUUGAAAUAUACUGGUGACAUGAAUGCUAAAGUUAGAUCGGAGAUUAUCAGCAGGUUUUAUAGUGAGGAGGAUAAGAGAGUGUUGUUAAUAUCUAUGAAAGCCGGUAAUUCAGGUUUGACAUUGACCUGUGCUAAUCAUGUGGUUAUAGUUGAUCCAUUUUGGAACCCAUACGUUGAAGAACAAGCACAGGACCGUUGUUACAGAAUCAGUCAAACUAGGGAAGUCACAGUUCAUCGUCUGUUCAUCAAAAAUUCAGUGGAAGAUAGAAUAUUGGAACUUCAAAAACUGAAGAGAGAUAUGGUGGAUGCAGCCAUGGAUGCCAAAAAGAUCAAAGACAUUAAUAAACUUGGUACUCGUGAGUUGGGUUUCCUGUUCGGACUAAAUUCAUUAUGA